ACAAGUAUUUUGCUACUUUUAGACUAAAAUAUGUUAUACAGCAUCAUUGUCAGCAUAAUUAUCUCUAUAUUUAAUGGACUUACCAGUGCUGCUAAAGUUAGUGCAAAAAAUUCAAUAGUAUUUGGACCUGGUUUAAGAACUGGUUUUGUUGUACCUGUGAGAUAUUUUUAUAUUCAGGCAGUAGAAAAUAACGGGAAAAAUUUUACAAAAUCACCUGGUCUAGUUUUCCAAGUAGAUUUUAAAUCUAAAAUAAGUAGUAAUUUAGCUAUUGGCAGAGAAGUGAUUGAUCGCAAAGAUGGAACUUUCCUUGUUCGUUAUCGCAUGCAUUUAUCUUAUGAUAAUAUAGUAAUUUAUGUCACUCAUAAUGGUGAUAAUGUAGGAAACUCACCUUUUCAUUUAUCAGGAAAGGUUUACAAUGAAAAUUGUUUUUGUCCUGAAGUAGAAAAGCGAUGGGUGAAAAAUAUGGCGUGUCCAGUCAAUUAUCAACAAAUAGAAAAAGAUUUAAAGCCAUUUCCAAAUAUUAAUCUUGAAAACUUAAUAGAGUCAGCUACUAAGAGUUAUAAUGUUGCAUUCUGCCAUUAUACAAUCAAGAAAAAUAAAGUGUAUCGGAAGUGUUAUGGCACAAUAAAUGAUUUUAAAAUGUUUACUGAUGCUUGGUUGCUUUCUGUAGCGAGAAAGGUAAAGCUUCCAGAUGUUGAAUUUUUUACAAACCUUGGGGAUUGGCCUUUAACUACUAAAAGAUUUAAUCCAAUGCCAAUAUUUUCAUGGUGUGGAUCAAAUGAUACUUUUGAUUUAGUGUGGCCUACAUAUGACUUGACUGAGUCUACUCUAGAGACUUUUGGUGGCAGAGUCUCUCUUGACAUGACAUCGAUUCAAGGAAAUACUGGACCUUCUUGGAAUCAUAAAAAGCCGAUAGCUUUUUUUAGAGGUCGUGAUAGUCGCCAAGAAAGAUUAGAUUUAGUAAAUCGUUUCCGAAAAAAUGCAAAUUUUGAUGUUGGAAUUACCCAUUACUUUUUUUUUAAACAUGAUGAGGAGAAAUAUGGACCUAUUGCUAACAGAGUCUCUUUUUAUGACUUUUUUAAAUAUAAAUACCAGUUGAACAUAGAUGGUACAGUUGCAGCAUAUAGACUUCCUUACCUUCUUGCUGGUGAUUCAGUUGUUUUAAAGCAAGAUUCAAAAUAUUAUGAACAUUUUUAUGGAGAUCUUAUACCUAUGAAGCACUAUAUACCAUUUAAUAGCGACUUGAGCAAUCUGGAAGAAAAAGUGUUGUGGGCAAUUCAAAAUGAUGAAAAGGCUCAAAAGAUUGCUCUGGAAGGUCAGCGUUAUGCGCGAGACAAUCUUUUGUCAGAUAAAUUGUACUGUUAUACCUAUUUGUUGUUAAAGGAAUAUGCAAAAAGACAAUCAACACCACCAACUGUUCGAAAUGGAAUGGAAGAAGUAAUACAACCUAAGGAAAAUUGCUCUUGUGAAAGAAGAAAUUCAAAAAAGAAAGCAGGAAAUGAAAAGGAACGUACAGAACUAUGAAAAUAUUCAAGAAACGUCCUCUAAUAUCUUCGUACUCUCUUCUUUGUGUAUUUUUAUUUAAAUGAACAUUUAUCGUUUAAUAGUUAAAAUCGAGAAAAAAAAACAUCAAAUCGCAGCUUUGUUUGUAAUACAAUCAAGAAAAUCGAUCAUGCAUGGCUUUAAUUGUAAUAAAAUUGAUAAAAUUAUCGUUACGCAGUUUUGUUGGUAAUGAAGUAAGAAAAAUCAACCGAGUACAACUUUCUUGUUAAAAAUGUCUAUCAAACGUGAAUUGACGCCAAUGCGAUUAGCAACUUAUUUUCAUUACACUAUUUAUUUCAUUAAACUAUUAUUUGACUUUUCGCAGUUCAUACUUUUCACAAUUAAUUUUUUAUAUCGCGAAUUAAAAUCGUUGUAAAUAAUUUGACUACUAUAAAAAAAUAUUUGCAAACA